AUGUUUCUGUACGAUGCUGGCCAAUUAGCCAUUGGUGAAAAGUCCCUUGAUCUCACUGAAGCUCGUCUCAAUACUAUUGAUUUACGAAAUCAAAGAUGUCUAAUUAAUAUCUCUUUAAAAGGUACGCAUCUCAAUAAUGCCUCAUUUGUUGGUCAAAAUCUUUCAUAUGGAAAUUUCACAAAUGCUCAUCUUAAUCAUGCUAAUUUUAGUGGAUCCAUUUGUAUUGACAAUACUGAUCUUGGAGGUGCAACCUUCUUGGCUACAAAUUUGUCUUAUGCCAAUUUGUCGCACAUUCAAUGUCCAGGUACCCUUGGAAAUAUCUCGGCAUGUCAAUUACGCCAAGCUCUGAUACUUGAAAAUGCUCAAAUGCCAAAUCGAUCACUUGAAUUACUGCCUAUAACUCUUCUCUACAGUGAAGGUCAACCGCAUUGCCGGUCAUCUGUUCUAGGGUGA